AUGGCUGAAUUUUUGGCAAGAACUUUAUCUGAAGUUCAUCCAACUCUUAGAACCAAUGGUAUGGGUAUUGCCAACACACAUAGAAGAAUCUCUGUGGGGUUUUACUUUCCAAAUAAGAAAAAUCCUUUGGUACGAAAAUAUAGAAAUAAAAGAAGAAGAACUGCUGAUCAAAGAAGUUUUUUUUCACUUGGCGAUGACUUUGGUAGUAGUAUUCAUACUUCAAAUCCUUAUAUUGAUGAUAUCGUUGAGAAUGAUGAGUAUGUCUAUGAUGCAGAUGAAGCUGUUGCAGGUGAGCUUAGUAGAACUGUGUCCUUACCAUCUAGAGUAUCUGAAACUCAUGAACUUUCUCCACCAGAGGUUGAUUGGAUCCUACAAGAACAUGAAAGGAAAUAUUCCUCUGCUUAUGCUUCAGAUAUAGAAGAUGAGCCAACAGAGUUCACUGGCAUUGCUCCUCUUGGUAAUGAUGAUGAACAAAUGGAUUAUAAUGAAUUUAUGCAUAGACUUCGCAUGCAAAUUCCAGAAACUUAUGGUUCAACCUCGAAUUCAGCUAUUCAAGGGGAACAUAUGCCUCAUAGAAAGAGACGGCCAUCAUUUGCAUCUAUAAGUGCCAGAGGAUCGAUUACCACUGUUUUCGAAUCAAGAGACGCUGUACAUGCAGCAGAUUAUGAAAGAGAAACAACUUUUGAGAAAGAGUCAAAAAUUAUUGCAAGCUACUCUUUUCCUUUAAUUUUUACAUUUUUAUUAGAACAAAUCUUUCCAAUGGUCUGUUCUUUAACUGUGGGACAUAUUGGUAAAACUGAAUUGGCAGCUGUUUCUCUUGCGUCAAUGACAUCCAACAUCACUUUAGCCAUUUUUGCAGGUAUAGCAACUAGUUUGGAUACACUAUGUCCUCAAGCGUAUGGUGCUGGAAGAUUUUAUAGUGUUGGAAUUCAUUUACAAAGAUGUAUCUUGCUAUCAUUCGUUAUUUAUAUCCCCUUUGGAUUUUUUUGGUGGUAUUCUGAAACAUGUUUAUCAAUUGUAGUUCCUGAAAAAGAACUAAUUGCUCUAACUUCUAAAUUCUUAAGAGUCUUAAUACUAGGUGCUCCAGCAUAUAUUUUAUUUGAAAAUUUAAAACGAUUUUUACAAUGCCAAGGUAUUUUUGAUGCGGGUAUUUAUGUUUUAGCUAUUUGUGCUCCAACAAAUGUUAUUUUAAGUUAUACACUAGUAUGGAAUAAAAACAUCGGUAUUGGGUUUUUAGGGGCUGCUGUAGCAGUAGUGAUCAAUUUUUGGAUGAUGUUUAUCUUACUAUUAUUAUAUACCAUAUUCGUAAAUGGUAAGAAAUGCUGGGGUGGCUUUUCAAAAAAGGCCUUAACCCAUUGGAAAGAUUUAUGGCAUUUAGCUCUAUCUGGCAUUAUAAUGCUUGAAGCUGAAGAAUUAUCAUAUGAAUUACUAACGUUGUUUAGUUCAUAUUUUGGUGUAAGUUAUCUAGCAGCACAAUCAGCAAUGUCAACCACCGCUGCGCUAUUAUAUAUGGUUCCAUUUGCAAUUGGUAUAUCAACUUCAACAAGAAUUGCAAAUUUUGUCGGUGCAAAAAAACCUAACUCUGCCAACAUAUCUGGAAGAGUUGGUUUAUUAUAUUCUUUAUUUGCUGGUCUUUUUAAUUGUUUUUUUUUAAUAUUAGGUCGUGAUUUCAUUGCAGGAAUUUUUACCAAAGAUGAGGAAGUUAAGGCUUUAAUAAUAAAAGUUUUACCUUUAGUGGGGAUUGUUCAAAACUUUGAUGCAUUAAACGCGGUUGCCGGGUCAUGCUUAAGAGGUCAAGGUAUGCAAGCUUUGGGAAGUAUUGUUAAUUUAGUAGCAUAUUAUUUAUUUGCCAUCCCAUUGUCGUUGGUUUUAGGCUGGGGAUUUGAUUUAAAACUAUAUGGUCUUUGGAUAAGUAUUGGAUGUGGUAUGUUUGCAAUUGGAUUUAUCGAAGCAUAUUAUGUGAUGUUUCCUGAUUGGGAACAUAUUUUGAAUUAUGCUGAAAUAUUAAAAGAAACCGAAGAUGAUGAAAGUGAGGAUUUGGAGGAAGAUUUUUCAUCAGAUUCUGAUGAUAAUAUUGAACCUACUGAAAAUACUCAUUUACUAAGGUAA